GGUGCCGUCUACCUGUGAGUAGGCUGAAGCUUGGGAUUUUGGUUUUCUAGUCUUGAUAUUCACGCCAUCAAGUUGUAAGGAGAUAACAAAACUCUCCUACCACAUCGAUGCCAGAAAACAUGCCGGUGAACACAGGAGAUGAGGGCAAUAUGAGAGGUUGUUCUCCACUGAACGAGGAGCGUUGCGAGCCGGUGCGGGACAAAUAGAAUCCGGUUGCGUCGCUGGCGGCAUGGCGCUGAAUAAGUGCAAUACUUUAUCUCUGUUGCUCAAUCGGGGCGUGCUUCCAAUCCUCCACCGGGUCCCUACGGUCGUCCGUCACCCUCGAUGUUUUCAACGAGUCUUUCUUGCUUCACCUCAUUGUAUACUACCCAUUCUUGAUCCCUUCUUGUUUUUGCUUCUCAAAGUUAUCUUUUUCGAUCUCGUUAACUCCGACCUAAGCAAGCUCGCCCGGACGACCCAGCCGCUGCAUUAAGACGACCCCAAAGCGACGAAACCGUUAUGGCGCCACCCACCACCCAUCCUGUCUUCCAUCCUACUGCCCAACUCGACGCAGCACCACCCGACCUCGUUCUCACAUCCGCCAACCGAGUCGUUUUUCAUGUCCACCAUUGCUGUCUCCUCGCUGCAUCCACCAACCACUUUGCCUUCCUUCUCGAUCCGCCCGUCGAGGCCAUCGUUGCAUUGCCGGAAAGCUCGCAGUUAAUAAGUGUUAUGCUUCACGCCAUCUACAAUCGACCGAUCGGCUCUCCUCGUCCCACUUCGGCCGUCCUCAUUGCAUCACUCGAUACCCUCAAGAAAUACGGGAUCCCCUUGGAUCGGUAUGUUUGCGCCAAUACACCACUAUUUACGGCUUUAGCGACUUUGGCUCAGUCUCGUGCAAUUGAGCUUUACACUCUCGCCGCCGAAAAUGAUUUGUACGACCUCGCUGCCGCGGCGUCUUCGUAUCUCAUAUCAUAUAACCUCUCCUCGAUCACCGACGAAAUCGCGGUUCGAAUGGGCUCUCUGUACCUGAAGAAGCUUUUUGUACUCCAUUCUCGUCGGACGAAGGUAGUGAGAGGGUUAUUGCUCACACCACCUGCUACCCAUGCUCCGACGCGUACAUGUGGUGCAGACAAUCAGCUUCGUCUCCUGAGACACUGGGAUCUGGCAACCGCUAGCCUCCAAACCCGUGCUUGUCCUAGUGAGUUAUCAAUCAUAAGGGCACUCAGAGCUGAAUUUGAUCCUCCAUUGUUACGUAUAGGCACGUCAGUUGGAAGCCUUCGGUCAAUUAUCUCUAUUAUCGAACCGCUGCUCACUUGUCGGGACUGCAAGGCGACGUUGAAUGCCCGCGUUCGGCAAAUGGUCGUGGAGUGGGAGGAAACGCCGGUAAAGUGUGUCUCUCGAUUCUACGUGCUUUACGCUCACAGCAUGCCGCGAUGCUUACAGAGAACGAUUUAAGCACACGAAUCGCAAACUUAUCGCUAAUCGGCAACAUUCCUACAGGUUUUUCUGCGAGAGUCGUUGAGAAGCUUUUCGAACUGUUUCGGUCUCGGUAUCCUGCAGUCCAUAAAGUUUCGAGAACUUAUAGGACUUGAAUUAACAUAAGAUUGUAAGUGCUUCCUUAGAAAACAGUUAGUUUAGCAGACUCAAUUGUCGUCUUUUCUUGUGUCACUGCUUCCCUUCCCAGGUCUCGAAUCUUAUGACUCAUUUCCGCAUUCGUCAAAGAAAGAACCUUCGUGUCAAGUUCAUCAUACGUUGGAUAUCCCUUAACCCGCCCGGUUAUCUGCGCUGCUACUUUGGGUCCUACGAUGUUCCCUGCAAACCUACUUCGAGGUGGCCGAGAUCCGACGUGGACACCCGGUACAGUGUCGUAAGGCCAAGUCAACAGGCUGGACCCAAUAGCAUUACCCUGUUCGCUAUUGGGUUGGAGCUACAUUCCCUUGCCAUGUUUACUCCGCUGCACGAGCCCCCUUCCAGUGACGUAUGUACCUCUUAAUUCGCUGCAAGAUACGGCAGCGAAGCCUCGGUCAUGCGCGAGCGACAUUGAAACGUCGCAUGUUCCCGCACGAGUGAGUGCCUUGUGUGGUUACUGAUGUCUUCAGAGAUUGCCCUUUAGAUCACUCAUUCCAGAUGUGUACCUCGGCCUUCUGACGGCAACUCUGGGCCAAUGCUAACUAGUGGAUUGUGUCCUCAUCGCCUUAUAUGAAGUCACGCUGGACGCUAUACCUGAAUCUCUUCGAAAGGUCGCAAUACUGGAACGCCGAUUUUUCUUGAAUUUUUGUCGAGCGCACUUGACCCAUUAUAAUCUUUAUCUACAUCUUCAUGCAUGUUGAUCCAAAGCAUAAAACAUGUUGAUAUCGUUGUUAAUGUAUUUCUGUUAUGUCAUUUUGUACCAAUCAAUCAGUCAUCCAGUG